AUGCGUGGUAUCUUCCUGACCCUGGGCGCCCUUGCUCUGGCCACUGUUGAGGCCAACAAGUACCCCUACUGCGAGAACGACAACUGCUACCGCAACCUCAUCGACACUCGCUUCAAGUCUGAGGCUGAUCAGCUCUGCCCUCAGUGGCUCGCCGGCACCACCACCGCCGCCGCCGCCGUUCCUACGGCGUUUAGCAAUUGCGAUGCCACGGCGCUGUCGUCUGCUUGCUCUUGCAUCACCUACUGGAACACCCACGUCAGCAGCACCGCCGUUCCCACGCCCAGCUCCUCCUCUCCCGUUCUCUCCAGCACGGAGGCUUCCACCACCAACUACCCCGUUCCUUCCAGCCCGGCCUCGUCUCAGUACAGCGUGCCUUCGUCGAGCCAGCCUCCCGUCAGCUCCUCCAUCACCUCUGACGCCCCCGCGCCUUCGAGCACCGAGACUGAUCAAUGCGAUGAGUCCACCGAGGUGGAGUCCUCGCAACCUGCGACCUCUCACCCUGCGUCCUCGCAGCCGGUGUCCUCGCAGCCUGCCUCCACUCACCCUGCCUCUUCGCAGCCCGCUUCCUCGCACCCUGCCUCUUCGCAGCCCGCUUCCUCGCACCCUGCCUCUUCGCAGCCCGCUUCCUCGCACCCUGCCUCUUCGCAGCCCGACGUUCCCAACUGCCCCAACGGCCCUCACGUCACUACCGAGACCAUUGCCGUCUCGACCACCAUCUGCCCCGUCACUGAGGAGGUCCCUGUGCACACUCCCACCGCCGUCUACCCUGUUCCUCAGCCUUCUCAACCUGCUCCUGAGCAGCCUGAGCAUCCCGAGCAGCCUGAGCAGCCCACUCACCCGGUCUACCCUGCUCCUGAGCCUUCUCACCCCGCUCCUGAGCAGCCCGGGCACCCUGCUCCUGGUCCCUCCAACCCUGUAAUCGUUCCCGUGCCUGUUCCCUCUCACCCUGCUCCUGAGCACCCCGUUCCCGAGCAGCCUGAGCACCCCGCUCCCGCUCCUUCUCACCCUGCCCCCGAGAAGCCCGGGCAGCCUGCUCCUGCCCCUACCACGAAGGCCCCGGCCGUCACCCCUGUCACCACCCUCCACACCGCCGUUCCCACCGUUCCGGCUCCCGUUCCCACCACCUCCAGCCCUGUUGAGGUUGGUGAGAACGCCGCCGGCCGUCUCGGCUCUGGUAUCGAGGUCCUCGCUGCCGCAGCUGCAAUCAUGUUCGCCCUCCUGUAA